AAGGAUCUUGGCGCAAAAGUCACCAAAACGGUGCCGUUUUGCUCAUCACCUUCUUCGCAGGAUUUCCAUAACCCUUGCAGUUGAUAUUCAGUAGAAAUGAAGAUAUUAGUAUAGAGAAUAGUGCAAUUUGUUGCCCAUAAGUUCCAAUUCUAAGAUACCCAGUUUUGUUUACUUCACAUAAUUUGUCAAGUUUGUGCAAAAUGCAAGUAUACAGGUCUCUCUUAAAUUCAAUCAAGAACCGUUCUAUACAGUCCCUUAAUACAUAUGAAAGGUUUAUCCCACCUAAGCACUUCCAUUCAGCCAGCUGCACGAGGUCUGCUAGAAAGACUUAUGAUCCGCCUUUAUUAACUGGACCAUCAACAUCAAAAUCUUGGAAACAUUAUAUAUUACCUGGAGCUGCUUUGGGAGGAUUCGGUGGACUGCUCCUUUUUCUUCGUUAUAAUGAUGAAAGGAGAGCAAUUCCAAAAGGUCAAGGCGAGAAAUUUGAAAGAAGUGCAAUUCAAGGGCCAAUCAUUGGCGGCCCGUUCAGCUUGAUUGAUACAGAAGGCCGUUUGGUUACCGAGCGCAACUUGCUGGGAAACUGGGUUCUUCUCUACUUUGGUUAUACUUCAUCUCCUGAUGUUGGUCCAGCAGAAGUACAAAAGAUGUCUAAAACUACUGAUAUUCUAGGUUCAAAACAGGAUCAUCAUAAGAUUCUCCCAGUAUUUGUCACAAUUGAUCCUCAACGUGAUACGCCUUCGCAACUUCGAGCUUAUCUCAAAGAGUUUGACCCAAGAAUAAUGGGAUUAACGGGACCAGUUGCUGCUGUUAGACAGAUGGCACAGGAAUACCGAGUUUACUUUAAGAAGGUUGAUGAAGAAGGAGAUGAUUAUCUGGUAGAAUCUUCUCACAACAUGUAUUUGGUGAAUCCAAAUAUGCAAGUAGUUAGAUGCUUUGGUGUGGAAUACAGUGGGGAGGAACUGGCCGAUGCAAUAGUUAAGGAGCUAAAGAAAGCUGAGACAUAGCAAUACUCGAAGUGGGUUUGGCGAAGUGGAGCCAGAUGUUCAAUUUUUGCCUGUUGUCUUGGCGAUUUAAGGACCUUUGUAGCAGCUGAGUUCGAUUAGGUGGGCUAGUCAUCUCUCAACAAUUUACUAGUUCAGAAAAAGUUUUGAACAGAAAUUUCUCUGAUGCUUAGAUGGUCAGAGGCUUGAAAAAAAAGAGAGAAGAAAACUAGCAAUAUCUUCAGUUAAAGCAAAUUGGUUCUGAUA